AUGAAAGAUUUCGAUGUGGCACGUUUAAAAAAUCGCCUGACCAAAGCCAGAAGAUGUAAAGCUUUGCUUGAAGAAAACAUUAAAAAACACAAAGAAUUUGUGGAGUUUUUAGAGAAGGUUGUUGAAGAAUAUCCAGACAGAUUCCAAUCAAUUGAGGACAUCGUUAAAGAGUUCGAGUUGUACGUAGAAACUGGCGAAAAUUUAAUGGAAGAAUACAAAAAAGAUUUCAACAGCAUACAAGUGUUGAAACAAGAAGUUGAAAAAGUUGUAAACGAAACACAAUUACAUCUAAUCGAAUUGAAAAUUAAAGAGGAACAACUUUAUAAACGUCACGAAGAGGCGAAACGUAAAACACAAAUACAUGAACAGAUGUUAAAAAUAAUUCAAGAGAAGAUUAUUCAAAAAUUACUGGACAAUACGACUAUUUUAACCGCCUGCAACAAACUAUAUAAUCAAAUUUAUAACAGAGAUAGAACACCGAAAUUGGCAACGGAAAAUAUUGAAGAGAAAUUGGAAUACAUUAAACAGCAUCUGUUGCUUAUUCAAGUACUGUUAACUCGUAUUGAAGAUGUGGAUAACACUUCUAAAUAUUCGGUACAAGCUCAGAUUUAAUAAAACGAUUUAAUUAAUAUUUAUAUGUUUUAAUUCGGUAAUUUACAACCUGUUAUAUAAUUUAUUGACAACAAUUUGGAUAGGAGCAACAUUUAAUGGAACAUGCAAUUGUAUUUAUAGCCGUUUACUGUACUUUCUGUUAAUGGUUAAAUAAUAAAAUUGUGAGUGUGC